AUGGCAUACACCUUCACCAAGACCUGGCACACAAAGCCAUACCCCUUCAUCUCCAGCACGCGGCCCGAGCUCUCCACCAAAGGCAAGAACGUCGUCAUUACGGGCGGCGGCAGCGGCAUCGGCAAAGCCGUCGCCGUCGCCUUCGCCCAAGCAGGCGCCAAGUCCAUCUCUGUUAUUGGCAGGCGUGCGGACGUGCUCGCUGCCGCGGAACGCGACAUCGCUUCCGCCGCAACGUCAAACGACAUCACCAUCCUCUCAGCGACGGCGGACCUCGUUGAUCGAGAGCAGACUUUCGCGGCGUUUGAGUCUCUGGCGCAGCGUGUGGGCAAGCUCGACGUCCUUGUUGCCAAUGUCGGUGCCUACCUGGACUGGGGCCACAUGGCCACCUACAGCGCAAGCACGCUCAUGAAGUCGCUGGAGCUGAACGUCGUCACGACCCUGCACGCCAGCCAGGCGUUCUUGUCAUUUGCUGCUCCGGGCCCGGUGCUGCUGCAUACCACGUCGGACAUGGCGUGCAUGCCGGCCAAGGAGCCCUGGCACGGUUCAGGCGCGUACUCCGUUGGGAAAGCUGCGGCGCUGAAGAUGAUGGAUUACAUCGCUGCCGAGAACCCACAUGUGCGGGUCGUCAAUGUCCAGCCCGGGUGGAUCCCGACUGAUCUCACGGGGCAUACUGAGGCGGCUCCGGAUUCUGCAACGCUCCCGGGAUCUUUCUAUGUUUGGCUCGCCUCCGCUGAGGCUGCGUUUCUGAAAGGCAAGGUUGUCUGGGCUAACUGGGACACACACGAGUUGAUGCAGAUGAAGGAAGAUAUCGCGGGCUCGGAUCAGCUUACCUGGUCUGUCACGGGUGUACCACUAUGA